UGUCAAAACAAAAUGUCAAAUACUCCUUAGUUUUAUGUGCUUGUUUUUCAAUUCUAACACGUGAAAAUCAUAGAGACAUUCGUUGUAUUACGUUUUAAUUCAAAUACUGUAAUAAAAUAUAUGAUAUCAUAAAAUUGGUAUUACAUUCAUAAUGAGCACGAGACGUGGUGAACAUGGCCGGCGUUCCCGACCCCAAAAACAUCAGAACACCUUCGCAUUCAAAAACGAUCUCCACGACAAACACACUCCUCUUAUCAAGCUGAUCAACAAUCUGAACGUUUGCGAAGUUUGCGAACGAUGCAAGGAGCAGAUCGAGUGGAAAAUUAAAUACCGCAAGUACAAACCCUUAACGCAGCCUGGAAAGUGUAAUAAUUGCAACGAGCGGAAGGUCAAACGAGCAUACCACGUCCUGUGCCGCGAUUGUGCCCUUUCAAGCAAAUGCUGCGCCAAAUGUUUGAAAUCAUCCGAAGAGGUCAGCAUCGUGCCCCCGGAACCCACGACGGAAGAAAAGAUCAAGUUAAGGGUUGAGAUGGACCAACUUAUAAAAUCCCUGCCCGAGCGCAAAAGGAGAACUUUCCUGCGAUACAUGAACAAAGGCAAGAAGAAAGAGAAAGUGCAUGAUGGUGAAUCGGAUUACGAGGACGAUGGGCAAAAAGGCAAGAAAAAAGUGGAAAGUAUGCCUCGGACUAGGGAGGAAUUGAUGGAAAAGUUCGAACAGCUGAAGCUUGCCGGUAACGAAGACGGGGAUGACAUUUUUUCGGACGAUGAUGAUUACGAGGACUUGAGUGAUGAAGACUUCUCCAACUAAUUAUUAUUCCUGCUCUUUGAGAUUCAAAGCGAAAUAUAAGCAAGUUGUUAUGCAUCUACAAAA